UGAUGGGGUUUAUUGGAUUAUGACAAUUGCAAGAUUAACAUUCUCUAAAUCAGCCGUGCCCACACUGACUAAUACUCAUAAUGUAUUUACUCUAGCCAUAUCUGACAUUCUUUUAAACCCUUGGCUCAAAACUACCAAAUGCGAUGAUAAAAGGAUAAAAUCAAGGAUAGAGUGUUUUCUUAACAAUUUUAAAAAUAGUGAACUAUUUUACCAAUCCGCUAAAUCAAUCGCAAGUAAUGAAGUUGCAUGUGUUAAAACUAAACCUGAAGAAAAUGACCAAUUAUUCAGAUUAACUAAUAGAAAUAGAAGUAGCUAA